AUGGACCCGGGUGCCAUCCGCUACCUCCACCGCAGCAGAUUUCAGACCCUAAAACUGAUACUGCGGGCCUAUGCUCUUGGAUACCUAUCGUCGACCACACCAAAGGUUCUAUCCUGUCUCCGGCACCUCCGCGAUAAUCGUCUCAGCAAUGAAGACAAGCUGAAAGAGCUGCUCCAAGCGUUGACGAGUGCGUUACGACUCGAGAGUUUUCCCACAUUUUGUGCUCUCCUGAUUGGAGGUUCGACUCUUGCUCCCUCAGUGCUUUUGCACUGUCUUGAGCAUGCAUGUCGCAAGUUCAAGCUUAAUUACAAUUCUGUGUACGCCCCACAGCUCUUGCGGGUAGUACGUUUCGUGUCGGCGUUCUUAUGUGCUUGGUGUUCAUUUCGACUCCUGAAUAAGAAGCCCAUAAGACUACAAAGUAUCCAACCGGAGUCUGGGGGUUGCACCUCACUGCAAAGCCCUAUGGAACCACCAACAAACAGAGAAUCGACGAGUGUCAGCCCUCAGCUUGUGGGCCGAAGCCUGGAUCUUACACUCUUCAGCCUCACACGCGCGGCAGACUCGAUUGUGUGCAUGGCGUGGCUGCAAUGGCAGCGGAGGCGGAAAGCAAGAAACCGCUGGACCUGGCUAGAGCAUGUAGCUCCCGAUUUUGCCAAUUCUGGUGUUUUCGCCGCCAGUGCGGCGGUUGUCAUGUGGGCAUGGUUCUAUAUGCCGGAAAGACUACCAAGGUCUUAUGAAAAGUGGAUUGGAGAAGUAGCAGAAGUUGACUCUAGAUUGAUCGAUGCACUUCGUCGUGCGAGGAGAGGUGUCCUAGUUUAUGGAAAAGACACUGGACAGGCGCCUCUGCUUCAAUCCAUGUGCAAAGACUACGGUUGGCCCCUUGGCUGGGGUGACCCGUCAAGGACUGUCCCUAUACCGUGUGAGAUGGUCCACAUGGGAUGUGGUCCGAGCUGUGAGAAACACGCAGUAUCUAGAUUUACUCGAACGUUCAAGCUUGCUUGUGCAACUUACAUUCCGUUGCAGGUUCUCCUGCGCCUGUGGAAACUGAAGUCAAUGUCGUCACUCAAGCACGCCCUGUCUACCGCCUUGCGCUCAUCUGCGUUUCUUGCCUCGUUCGUCAGUAUUUUCUAUUACUCAGUGUGUCUCGCCAGAACGAGGCUAGGCCCCAGGUUAUUUUCUCGUGACACAAUAACACCCUUGAUGUGGGAUUCUGGCCUUUGCGUUGGCGCGGGAUGUCUCAUGUGCGGGUGGAGUAUACUCAUUGAGAGUGCGCAGAGACGGCAAGAAAUCGCAUUUUUUGUAGCACCCAGAGCCGCAGCAACUGUCCUGCCCAGGUACUAUGAUAAGAAGUAUCUGUACCGGGAACGCAUCGUCUUCGCUAUCAGUGCUGCUGUUCUUCUGACAUGCACACAAGAGAGUCCCGAGAUGGUCCGAGGUGUCUUUGGAAGGGUAGCAGCAAGUAUUUUGAGGUGAACGCGCAUGAGCAACUUCUGGCGUUCAGGCGCGUAUCGUCAAACCGAGAGACUCGAUUAUGUCAGUCAGCCAUAGGGCAAGCAUUGGGAACGAGAACUGGCGCAAUGAUGAUACCUAUAUCAAGCCCAGAAGCAAGUGAGGGAUAUAUAGGAAUAAUGUUGGGCGCCAACAGUCUGCCUACGACUCAUCUGAGGUUUGGCAAGGCACGGUGACCUGUGGCAUAAAGAACUAGCGCCCUCACAUGAUCGGAGAUAUGGCGAUCUUAUGGUUAUUGGGAUCAUUAUUACAAGCGCCUGCUGAAGGUGAAAGCCAGAACUCAGGCAGUUUGUAUAAACUUGGCAACGUGCAGUUCGCGGGGCUUCCCUUUAAUCUGAUAUCGACAUGCCCAUUUUACUAAUAGAAUGGC